AUGGCCACACGUACAUGUUUCGUGUCCAGUUUGGUUUGUAACUUUGUGAGCCAUGAUCGAUGCACGGAAGCAGGUAUUUCACCAUGUGCAACAAUAGCAGCAGAUAGGAUAAAGGAUCCUGUACCACAUACAUGGUCAGAUCCAGGGCACUUCAGGAAGAAGUUCUGCAAUGUUUGUAGGAGAAGAUUAGAUGAUGCCUUGUCACUUCACUGUGAAGCCUGUGAAUACUAUACACACCUUGGUUGUUUAGAUUUUGUUGUAAGCAACUGCAUACGUUUCAUUGCUUAUGACGAAAGUAAAGAACUGGAUAAAAUCACAGUAUAUCACCAUUGGCGGGAAGGCAAUCUACCAACCAACAGCCGAUGUCUUGUAUGCAAGAAGUCUUGUGCAACCCAUGAGUGUCUGGCUAGUAUGAAGUGUGAAUGGUGUUGGGCAACGGUUUUUAAUGGCGGUCAAAAUUUGUAA